AUCACAUUGUGUCUUUACCGGAAGUCUGACUGUAAACGAAUGGAGUAGAAGCUAGGGGCAGAAAUAUUUUUCAUAGCAAACGUGGUAAUUAGUUGUUUGUUUUUCGUACUUUACACCUCAUAAAGUCACCCGAAGAAUAGUUCGAUGUGUCUGGCUUUAUAUUAAUGACCUUAUGACGUUAAUAACUAAGAAUUUAUUUAGUUAGCUGCUAGCGAGUUAGCCGCGGAGCUAACAUUUCUCCUCGUACUGUUUAUUUCUUGUUAGUCGGCACCGAUGCCUCAAGAGGAAGAGCAGCCUCUUCCCCUGGUUCGCUCCAUCAACAGUCAGAUUCGUGUUAAUGCCGUGUUUUGUAACCGCAGCCCUCGGGUUGUAAAGCCUUUGUGGAUAGAUUACCGUGGUCUGGCUCGACCUUACGAUGUCAUACAGCCAGGUAAAGGGCGACAAAUAACCACCUACGUAGGACAUCCAUGGAUGUUCAGAGAUGCAGCCACCGAUGAGCCUUUGAGAGCCAACAGCAAAGAGUUGUUUGUUCCUAAACCAGAAGACAGACGGGAUGUAUUUGUUGAUAUUAAUUUACCAGUUGACAGUCUGAAGACUCGAGCUCUUCACGUUGUUCGACGCCUGGUUCGACCAGAAGACUACAGAAGGUUGGAAAUCAUACACACACUUUACGAGGAACUUGAAGAUCAGCCCAGCUUUGAUAAAGAUCUCCAGCGCAUGAACCGGCGAGUGGAGCAGCAUCUGCUAGAGAGGAUCCAAGACCAGGAGGAAAAAGAGGCAUGAAGUCAGACAUGCUGAAAUGCUCCUGCCAGCAGCAAAUAAUCAAAGGAACUUGUAAAAUUAGAUUAAAUGUUAGAAAGACUAUUUGCUGUGAAGAAAGCUCACUUUGACUUGCUGUCUGUCAGAUCCAGUGAGCAGCUGAAGUAAACUUUCCUCUAAUUCAACAUAACAUUUUUGCCCAAUAUUUAGUGUCUCAAAACAAAUGCAUGGCUUUUCAUAUGCAAACGUUUAAAAUCGAUUUGAGAGUGGAAUAUGCUGCAACUGGGAAAUAUUUUGUCUUACAAUGAAACUCUUUGAGCAAAGAACUUGUUUGCUGAUUGGUUUCUUCUUCUGUCAUUCAGAUUUUUAUUUACACAUUUCUGUUGUAUCUGAAAUACUUUUUUCAUGAUUUUUUAAAGAUGAAUAAAUGUUAAGCUAUAUUUUUUGCAGCUUAUAAAGGUUUUUGAAGUUAA